AUGCGCGACCUCAAGCCACUGAUGCUCCCCAAACUGGCCUCGGUCAGAAACCCUCUGGCCGACUCUCCCACUGCCGACCCCGACUCGUCCUUUUCUGCUUCCGAGUGCUCCACCCCAUUGAGCCAGACCUUUUCUACCAACGGCCAUGUCCGCCACUCCAGCUCGCUCUCCUCGCUCUCCUCGUCCCCGCCCUCGUCCUACGAGCACCUGGACAGCAUGACGGCCUCCAGCAAGCUCCCGCGCCUGCCUGAGGACCCCUUGGAGGGCCCCUUCGCCUCCGACCCCGACGACGACGACGAGGUCGAGGGCAAGCUCGGCUCCUGGUGUCUGUGCAGUGUCGCUGAAGGCUGCCCGCACGGCGACAGCAGGACCUCUUACUCCACCCCCAGCUUGGCGAGCCCGGCCUUCGAGUUUGCCGACAGCUCGUUUGCCGAUGACGGCGAGUCGAGGUAUUUUGCCCGCCGCCGCAGGUCGGGUGACUCGCCUGCAAGCAUCUCGUCACGCGUCGGCGAGCGCUUCCCUUCGCUCACGCGCAAGUGGAAGGACCGCAGGCCAUCCGGGCUGUCCAGGGAGACAACGCGCGCAUCCAGUGGCCGCUCCAGCCGGGCUUCCUCCACUGCUGGGUCCGUCGUCGCCUCGGUGAACGCCAGCCAGACCGACCUCCCUCAGAGCCCUGCCCGGUCUUCUGUUGACGAACUGACGCCCACCUCGCCCGUUGACAUUGUCAGGCCAAGCGUGGAUGCCGACCCAAUCGACCGCGAAAGGCUCGCAUCGACCCCCCUGCUCCCGCCCGUCAUGUGCGGCAAGCUGGCAUCUUCGGAGAAAGACUGGCAGUCUCCGCUGCAGUCGCCCACGGUCGCUGACUCCAACGCGACCUUUUCGGCAAUGAACAGCCCGCUGGGAACCCCGCAGGCGCCUACGAUGCAGACCCCGCCGCUGUCGACCAGGCCCUCGAUCGCCUCGUUCAGGCAUGGUCGUCCCGGCGGGAUGGUACCGAGCUCGGACAUCCCACCAAUGACGAUCAGCGACGACGACAGCGAGCAAGACGAGUGGGCGGAGAAGCUCGGCCACGCCAACUUCACCAUCUUGCCCAAGCCAUACCUGCCCGACGUCUGCGAUCGCGCCGCAUGCCGCGAGCUGUUCGCCAACUGGGAACGCGCGCGCCUGAACUUCACCAAGCAUCUCGUGCGCACCGGCGAGCAUUUCGGCGCGACGUCGAAAACCUACCGGCUGACGGAGCAGAAAUGGGCCGAAGUGGACAGCCAAUGGAAGAAGUUCCACGAUGCCGCCGUCGCCUGCGCGACCGAUGACGGGCUCGACCACGCUACCGGCCCAACGCCCAGCGAGCCUCCGCCGCUGAUGACGCUCCCCGCGCUAGAAGACCCGAAGAAGCCCGGCCAGUUUCCCAAGCUGGGCGAUGAGGACAUUGUGGGUCCCAUGGUUCAGGCCGCGGCGAGGAAUCUUCCCCGUUCUUCCAAAAAGGCAUCCUGGGCCAGAUUCCUCAGCGACAUCAAGUCGCCCGGCACCUUUUUCGCGCGCCCGGCCCAGCCAAUCGGCUCGAGAUGA